AUGUCAUUUCACCACCUUUUUGUUCUUUCCUUGAAGAAUGCUUGUGCGAAGAAACCUUGCCAGAACAAAGCAACCUGCCAGGCCGCUUUUACAGACAGAGAUUACCAAUGUUUGUGUAUUCCUGGAUUUACUGGCCAUGAUUGUGAAAACGAUAUCGAUGAGUGCACCAAAGGAACACACAGCUGUCAUGUUAAUGCUGUGUGUAACAACAUCCAGGGAUCCUAUCACUGCACAUGCAAAGAUGGAUUUUCUGGAGAUGGAAUAAACUACUGCACUGAUAUAGACGAGUGUGCUAUUAAAACAGACAAGUGUGAUGAUAAUGCAGUGUGUAACAACACCCAGGGAUUUUAUCUGUGCACGUGCAAAGAGGGAUUUUACGGGAGUGGAAAAAGCUGUAUUGUUUUGCCAGAACCUUUUGCCUUCUACCCUCUUGAUGGAGAGUAUAAAGCCGCAGAAAAAAAGAACAAGCAGCCCUCCGGAAUACUAGGAGCUGUGGGCCUUACAGUCGGACCCUACACUGAACCAACAGGAGCUUAUGAGUUUUUUGGCAAAAAUACGAGUUACAUCGAAUUCCCGAACAAUGGAAUUCAGGUGCCCCAGUCACACUCAAUCACGCUGAUGUGCUGGGUUGAACCUGGAGGUCAAGACGGACCACUGUUUAACUACGGACAAACUGAGCAUGGGGUCGGUAUAUGGAUCAACCUCAAUGGCAAGUUCUAUCACGAGCUCCAUAAUAAAGAAAUAAAUACAGAUGCGUCUCUUGCGGUAGGAGAGUGGGUCCAUGUUGCUGCAACGUACAAUCAUAGCACGGGAGAGAACUCACUGUACAUUAACGGAGUUUUAAACAAGUCACAAAAUAUUGAUGCAGGCCCCUUGAAUUCGACACACGACCCGAAAGCUUUGAUGGGAGUCAAGGGAGAUAGAUAUUUCAAAGGAAAAAUCGCUCAAAUGAAAAUUUACGAUGCUGCACUAGAUGAAGCCCAAAUAAAGGCCGCCAUAAAUCAAGAAUGUCAAGACGCUCUCGGUAUGGAAAACCGAACAAUCACUGAUGCACAGAUUACCGCCUCAUCGGAAGCCGAUUCUUUACAUGCUGCCUCACACGCAAGGCUAAACUUUCAGGAAAUUCCAGACAAGGCAGCCGGGGCUUGGGCCGCUCGUGCAAGUGAUGAUAAUCCGUGGCUGCAGGUUGAUCUGGGAGCUCAGUACACUAAAGUGACACGAGUAGCAACCCAAGGAAGGGAUUCCUUACAUUAUUUACAGUGGGUAACUAAGUACAAACUGCAGUACGGUGAGGAAGAGGAGGAAUUCCAGUUCUACAGGGAACCAGGACAAGACACAGAUGAGGUUUUUGCUGGAAAUACAGACCAGGACAGCAUUGUUUAUCAUAAUCUCAACCCACCAAUCACAUCUCAGUACAUUCGUUUUGUACCAGUUGAUUAUCACUUGCACAUAUCAAUGAGAGUGGAGCUGUAUGGCUGUCUGCAAGUGAAGCCACGGCCAGUUAUAAUUUGUGAGGAAAAACGAGGAAUCAUCAGCUGCCAAAACGGAAAAAGAAUCGACGGACUGAACGCGAACUAUGGCAGGCUGGACCGGCAUACGUGCUGA